AUGAGAAGACGGGCCGCGAGAUGAGACCCCGCCUCUUUCAGCAUGCAGGGUAGUGUGUCGCGCUGUGUGAGCGGUUCGGUUGAGGGGAAGUAUUUACCGUUACCAGGCAGCGGGGGAACAGGAUGGCGGCUAACUCUCAGUGUUUCAGUGAACCCUGUCGUUCUCUCCAAAGAAAAGCUUCGACUCUUCUCUCACCUGCCCUCUGAAAUGUAGUAAACACAAUCCACAGGCUGAAUAUCAUUCAGAAGAGAAUAAACUAGAACCUCCUCCUCCAUCAUGUCCACUCCCAGUGAUCUGAGGGACAAGCUGCGGAAGAAACGGAGGGCUCUGCAGGAGUCUCUGGGGAAAGUGAAGGAUGACACUCAGGCUUUGGUUCCCUCCGACUCUGAUGUGACUAAGGAGAAUGAACGCACUGCGGUGGAGAAACUGACUGGCAGAGGGGAUGAUCCAGGUGAAACUCUACGACGCUCGCUGAAAGCACAGAGAAUGAAGAAGAAAAAGAAGCUCUUAGAAGAGAUGUCGAUGGAGGGUCCUCCAGAGGAAGAGAUGGUAAACGAGGAGAUCACAGCUGUGCAGGAGCUACAGCAUGAUCAGGAGGAGCAUUCAGUGGAGACCCUGGCAGAGGAAGGUCGCUCAGUCAGAUUACAAAGAGAUCUUCCUCCCCUUCCUGUUGCAAGAGCUGAUUCCAGUCUUUCAGAGAGCUCAAUGAGGCAGCGUAUGAGAGAGAAGCUAAGAGUGGCCAGGUCCAAAGCCGCAAGUUUGCUGCAGCAGGAGGCCUCCCUGGAGCAGCCCAGUCAUCUGCGGGGUCCCAGAGACAGGGAAACACUCACCAGGUUCGACAGAGAGACUGACCUGGACGUCCAUGAGGAAGAGUCCUCCUUUGCUGCCAGAGUGAAAUUUCGUGAUGCAGCCAGAAAAGCCACACGAGACAAGCGGACAGAAACUGGGUUGCCCACUGAGGAGGAGGCUUACAAAUUCUUCACCUUCAACUUUGAUCCCGAACCCCAAGAAAGCCGACGUAAAGAUCGAGCAAAGAAAAAAACUAGAAGCACAGAUGAUGAGGAAAAUGAGGGGGAGGAGGAUGAAGAGGAGGAAGAGGAAGAAACUGGGAGGGCAAGAGCACGUGAAGGAGAGGAUGAGUCCAGAGAAAGGGAUGAAGAUGCUCCUCUGGUCCGGGAUGAAGAGGAGGAUUUGUUCAUCAUUGAUCAGUCAGCAAAAGACUUUUUAGAGUUGAAAAAGGCAGAUUAUAUUGGGUAUAAUAGACGAGUCCUGAGAGAGAGGGAGAUUUUCUUCACUCCCAGCACGAGACCAGUGCCAGCUUCCUGUAAGCUACCAGAGAAUGUACAGCCCCGCUACCUGGAGGAUGAGGGACUUUAUGUAGGGGAAAGACCACCUGUCGCCUUGUCCAAUCAGAACAUUUUGGAAAAUCGCAUUCUGAAGGAAGAUGGGGGCAAAAAGUGGUUUGGAGAUGACGGGCGGAUCUUGGCUUUGCCUGACCCAAUCAAAGAGUCUUCCUCAAGACCACCCCUUUAUCAUCUGGAGGAGGAGCUUGACCCAGCACUGCAGACUGUCUACAGAAAGCCGCUUAAGUCUAAGUACGUGAACCGCUACAUUGCGGGUGUCGGGGACACACAGGGAGACUACCAGCUGGACGUGGACGUGUCUGGACUUAUAUUUUCCCAUCAUCCCCUGUUCAGCAAAGAACAUGUGCUGGGGGCCCGUCUUGCCCAGCUCUACGACCAGUACCUCAGCAGACAGCACAAAAAUCUAACCUGCCUGCUCACUGAUAAGUUAAAUGGUUUGCGAAAUACCAUUCGUAACAUGCUGGAGCUGCAUAGUGGAGAAGGCAUCAGUCAUGUGACCCAGCAGAGAAUAGCAGAGUACAAACAAGAAGUGAGACACACACGUCAGCUGAGAGACACAGAGCAGGAGAAGGACAGAACUCUGCUGAAAAGCAUCAUAAAAGUGUGGAAGGAGCUUAAAUCACUGAGGGAAGACAAGGGAUGCACCAAUACGCCCUAUAAACUCUACAUCAGAAGGGAGGAGAUUCAGAGGGCUUUAGAUGAGCAGGAGCAGGAGGCAGAGAUCCUGGCCGAGGUGGCGGAGCUUCAGGCAGAGAGUGAGGAAGACUAUGAGAGAAAGCUGAAUGAGUACAAGAGAAAGCACGAGGAGUGGAAGUCCUGGAAGAAGAAGCAGAAAACGUUAAAGAAGAAACAGAAGCAGAGGAGACAGCAGUCCCAGGAUGUGGAUGAGGAGGAAGAGGAAGAUGAGCACAGUGAGGAAGAGUUGGGGGAGGAGCCAGUGAAGCCAGAAGCUCCAGAGAAGCCUGACAUUGCAGGGCUGGAGCAGCAGGUACGAGAGAAAGCUGCCAAGAUCCGAAGAAAGCCCGGGGAGCCUGUUUUAGUUCCAGAACUUACUGCCUCCAAUCCAAUCACUCCUAAUGAGGCGUGUCCACGGGGUGAGAUUUCCCGGAGAGAAGACGUAUCCAAGCGCUCUCUCUUUGUCAAAGUUUUGUACAACGACAAAGAAGUUUCUAGAACGGACAGCCGCUCGCUCAACAUGGACUUCAGGGUUCACUUUGGCCAGAUCUUCAAUCUGAAGAUAGUAAACUGGCCAGAGAGCAUCAAACUGCAGAUCUAUGAAGGCGUGAGCUCCUCCUCUUCUCUGAUAGCCGAGGUGUGUGUUCCAGUUCCAGAGUCUUCUGUCCUAACAGGCAGCACUCCAUCUGAAGAACUGGAGUUCAGCAGCAACCAAAGAGUCACCUUUAACCAUGAAGGGGUUGGCAGCGAUGUUCCAGUAUCAUUUACGAAUGAUGGCAGUAACAUACAGACACUGCUGACAUCAGGCAAGCUGUCCUGCUGCGUGUCCUGGGCUGUAGGGGAGGAUGACAUACCCCUAGCUCCCCCUUCCACCCAGCAUGGUGCAGGCAUGCACAGUGGUCUAAGGCAGAUGGAUGCUAUUGCCUGUAUUGGGGCGUCAGGUCUUAACGACAUGAAGAGGUUGGGGAAAUGGGCAGCCGAGUCUCGGCUUGACCCCAAUGACCCCAACAACGCCUCCAUAAUGCAGCUGCUCUCAGUAGCAAGUGGAGGGGAGGUGGUUGCCCCUGAUUAUUUCCGACUGGAGCAGCUGCAGGAGGAAUUUAACUUCCUGUCUGAUGAGGAGCUGGAGCGUUCUCGACGUUUUCGGCUGAUUAGAUUGAGGAGCCAGGAGGAGCCAGAGUUUCGCAACUUUAAAACUAUUCCAGCCACAGAGCGCGAGAUAUCAGAGAAAGUAUUUGAGGAGUACGAUCGCAGGCUAAAAGAAGGCGAGGUCAUCGACACAAAGGAGCACAUAGACGCCCACAGAGCCCUGGUGGCCAAAUAUUUACAGAAGGUACGAGAGUCAGUCAUUAACCGCUUCCUCAUCUCCAAGCAUCAUUAUAUCCUGUCUGAUCUGGUUGUGGAGGAGGAGGUUCCUAGCAUCGGAGGUCCAGGACAAGGGGUUUUGGGCCUGAACCUGUUUAAGCUAGCUGAACCCAAGCGGCCUCUGAAGCCUCGAAGGAAAGAGAGGAAGAAGGUCACGGCUCAGAAUCUCUCAGAUGGAGAUAUUAAACUCCUCGUCAACAUCAUCAGAGGCUACGACAUUCCCAUCCGCAAACCUCACACCAGUAAACCUGCAGCUGGUUCUAAGGGUGCUCGCUCCUACACAGAGACGUUCACCGCAGCUUCAACCUCCCAGACUGCACUGCAGGCCAGUGAAUGGCCCCUCGGCCAGCCAGUAAUCCGUCCUUUCGUGGAGGUAUCCUUCCAGCGUACAUUGCUGCAGACCUCUACCGCUGAGGGACCAAACCCCUGCUGGAAUGAGGAGCUGGUGCUGCCCUUCAGUGCUCCAAACGGGGACUACAGCACCUCCAGCCUGCAGGCGGUGCGGGAUGAAGUCUUCAUCAGCAUCUUUGAUGAGGUUCUUCAUGACGUGGUAGAAGACGAGAGAGAACGAGGAAGCAGUGUUCACACUCGCAUUGAGAGACACUGGCUGGGGUCCAUCAAGAUCCCAUUCAGCACAAUCUACAUGCAGUCACGAAUUGAUGGGACAUUUAAGUUAGGCACGCCUUCAGUGUUGCUAGGCUACAGUAAGGAGCGGAGUCUGGGCAGUGAGGGCGGAUAUGAUGCCAUCCGCAGUCUGAGUGAGGGCACCUUCCUCACCCUCUUCAUCACCAUCGAGCCUCAGCUGGUGCCUGGAGACAGCAUCAGAGAAAAGAUGAAGGACGUAAAGUUUGACACUCAGGAGGUGGAGCGUUUGCUGUUAGCCUGUGAGAUCUUUGAGAAGGACGCUGGCCAGCGCUACCCUGACCGACCCUGUGUUACUACUGUAGUGGACAUCAACGGCAAAACUGUCUUCAUCACACGCUUCAUACGGCCCCUGCCGCCCCCACAGGAGCUGCUGGACGCCUUCCCCAACAACUCGCAGGAGGCCACGGAACUGGUUGUCCGCUACGUGUCUCUCAUCCCGUUUCUGCCGGACAGUGUAUCAUUUGCCGGCAUCUGUGACUUAUGGAGCACUUGUGAUCAAUUCCUCACACUGUUAGCAGGAGAUGAGGAAGAACAUGCUGUACUGCUUUGCAAUUACUUCUUAUCCAUGGGUAAAAAGGCAUGGCUCAUCAUAGGAACUGCCAUCCCUGAGGGUCCCACAGCAUAUGUUCUAACCCAAGAACAGAACAGAUACCUGAUCUGGAACCCCAGCACAGGGCAAUACUAUGGACAGCAUGACACGUUUUGCCCUCUUCAAACUGUAGGAUGCCUGGUUAAUGCAGACAAUGUGUGGUUUAACAUCCAGUUGUACGCCACUCCAAUAAGGAUGAGUUUUGAUGUCACCAAACCAAAGUUCUGGAAGCCAUUCUUCUCCAGGUCGUUCCCGGACCCCGGCCUCUCCAGUGUACAGCCGGAGGAUCUGGUGUACAGGCGCACGGACAAGGCCUAUGCUGCUGAACUACAGGACAGAAUUGAGAAGAUUCUGAGGGAGAAGAUCAUGGAGUGGCGCCCCCGACACCCAACCCGCUGGAAUCGUUACUGCACGUCCACAUUACGGCAAUUCUUGCCAAAGCUAGAAAUGAGUGGAGGUCGUGAAGUGGCAGAGGAGCAUCGCCUAGAGCUGCAAAGCCUGCUGGGAGACUACAGAAUUUCUGGGUUUCCUCUGCACCUCCCAUUCUCCGAGAUCCGACCAAUCAUUGAAGCCGUGUACAGCACCGGUGUUCAUAAUGUCGAGGCUCCUAAUGUAGAGUUUGCGUUGGCAGUAUACGUUCACCCUUACCCCAGUAACGUCCUCUCUGUCUGGGUCUACAUUGCGUCUCUGGUUCGCACGCGCUAGCUAGCCUGCCUUUUACACAACAACCUGAAAAUUAUGUAUGAAUGUAUUUAUUACUUCUAGUACAGGUAGUACAAUUUUAUAUGUAUAUAUGUGUAUUUAUAUAAAUAGUACAGAUUUUAAACUUUGUAUUGUACAUUUUGGAUUUUAUUAAACAUUUCAACAAA